AUGGUUGGUGAUUUGAUAAUUGUCGUGAAGAGAAGUCGGAAACAAAAUCAAAGAAAUACCGUGAGAAAUGACAACAUGUCAGUCACUCCCCCAUUUAAUGCAAGCAUGAAUGAUACGCAGGCAUUCAAUGGAACCAUGAAGGGGGGACCUUCUGAUUUGUGGUCCCUAAUCAUAGAGAUACCAUCCAUCAAAGUCAAACGGGCCCACGCAGGAGUGAGAAAAAGAGAAUCAGAGGUGAAUAUACCAUACCAUGCAUGCAACAGAAAUCGGAUUCUGAGGACUAUGAAGCUUGCCAUAUACAAGAGGGGCCAUCCAAGUGUCUUCAGAGCAGUUGUAGGAAGUCCAUAUCCAUGUGCAUACUACUUCAUCUGUUCAUCUGUUUCAACCUCCGUUAAGUUAAAUGUUGACGGAAAUUUCAUGCCAAGAAGUGAUUAUAUGGGAAUGAGAGGGGUUAGAUGGGUUGUGGAGUUUUCUUUAAAGAUGGAUCCGUGGAUCAUAUCUUGGCAGAAAAUAAUCAGUUGA